AUGGCGGAAGCCUUUGGUGUCGCUGGUAGCGCAGUGGGCAUCAUAUCUUUAGCUCUUCAACUUGGUGAUGGCAUUUUGAAACUCAAGUCAUUUUGGAAUGCCGUUAAAGACGCCCCGGAAGAGAUCUUAUACAUUCUCGAUGAAUUGGACAUAACGCAUGUGCUACUCACAGAAAUCGAGGACAGUCUAGGUAGCCAGACAAUAUCGCCUGCAGCCGCGAGAUCACUUCGGUUGUGCCAAAAAGGCGUGGAUAUAUUGAACAACGCCGUCAAGGAGCUAGAAGAUGAAAUGAAACGGAGAAAGAAAUGGGGUGGAGUCAAGAUGGUAAUGAAAAAGGAAUUGCUAGAGAAAAUGGAGAAGAGACUCGGGAGAGCAAAUUCAUUGAUGAUGAUGGCGCAUCAGAACUAUAUUGCGAGUUUGAGCAAAUCGAGACACGACGAACAAGUGAGAUUGGCUACGCAGCAAUUCUCAGAGAUGGUGGAAAUUCGAAAUACUUUGCAUACAUUUAACUCGGCUGCAUCAAUCGUCACUACCCAACAACAGAUAUCUAACAGUACAACGGGUCUUCUGAUUACACCAAGUGCGAAUACCACUUCAGGCUCUAGGUCUGCAAAAACACUAUCAAAGUAUCAGAAGACCCUUAGUGCAAAGCUGCGACUUCCUUUCUUCUCGGGUGUAUGGGAACUGUGUGCCUAUCAACAAUCAAUAUCUGGAUGGGAUUUCAAAUUGAGAAUAUACAACGUUGUUGAUUAUGAUGCACCUAUAAUGGAAUUGGCCCGUGUGGGAGAUUUGGCUGGUAUGCAGCAACUAUUUCAAACACGGCAGGCAAGCCCGUACGAUGUUAAUAUAUAUGGGGAGACUAUUCUUCAUGUUGGGGCCCAAAGGUAUAAAUACAACACGUGCCAGUUCUUGAUAGAUCAAGGCGUGGACAUAAAUAAAGAGGAUGGUAUAGGUCAGCCGGCAUGGUCAUUGCCGCUUCAAGUGCUUUCUCCCGAUGAAGAUAUUUUUGCAAUAAUGCAAUACUUAGUUUCCAGGGCCGAUUGUGAUGUCAUCAGUAAUUUACCGACGUUCCUACAUUACACCUAUUAUUUCACCCCUGAAUCAAUGAAAUGGAUACUUCAAUCUACCGAGAAUCCGAUUCACAACCGAAGUCGCCGCGAACGGGCACUUUUAGUGCUAGGAAUUUCCAAAUGCCAAUUAAUACACAUGAAAGAAAUCGUAUGGUUGACCCUUGACAAUAUGGAUUUGGAAGCUUGUGUCCAAAACUUAGAGCAAGCGGAGUUCUUCACAUUAUUGAGAAGAAUUACACACAGCUUGGGUUUUAUAAUGGCAUAUCAUCUGGCAGCUCGGUGCAACGGGAAUACCGUGGUACCGUGUGGAGAUCAUUUGAAAGAUCAUCUAAUUAUCACAAAUGAUCUUUUUCUUGCUGGCUCAAAAUAUCACCACUUAAAAGAUACAUAUAAAGACUACCAUCAUAGUUUUCUUCUUCGAUUAUUGAGAGGUGCGGCUUCAUUUGAUAUGUGCGACUAUUCACCUAGAGCAAAUGCAAGCUUUGAUCGCCUUGAACAAUGUCUCAUAAAUUCGAUCGAGACAUGGCUCGAUCAAAUCAUAUCAGAGGGAAUCGAUUUAAUUGAAUACGGUCAGUGGGAAAAGAAGACACGGGAUGAUGGCAAUUCUUUGGGUUUAAUCUCGGUUCGACUCUCCCGCCCCCGCUUUGAGUACCAGGACUACAACGUCAGUUUAUUGAGUUUUAUAUAUGGACCAAAAAAGAGCGACUGGCAGUUCUGGUUUACUAUUGAGCCCUGGUGUAUAUAUAAGGGCAGCUUUAAGGAGUUUUGGGAUAUGGUCGAGCAUCCGGAAAGACAGAUACCAGGUGCUUGGAAUUUUGAUGCCUAG